AUGACCAAGUCAGGAAAAGCCAAGGCCGUCGUGAACGGGACCACGGUCGCCGAGGCGACCGAGUGGGAGGAGGUCGAGGGCAACGUCUACUUCCCGCCGUCGGCGGUGCGGACGGACGCGCUCGAGAAGACGGACGCGACGACGUUUUGUCCGUGGAAGGGGACCGCGAGCUACUACUCGGUCAAAGUCGGGGAUGACAAGCUGGAGAACGCGGCUUGGUACUAUCCCACGCCCAAGGACGGAGCCAAGGAGAUCAAGGACCAUGUUGCCUUUUACAAGAGCAAGGUCACAGUUACCGUUGAGUAA